UUCUCAGUUCCUAUUCACCAUAGAUUGUUGUGUAGCCUCUAUUAUUCUGAUUUUCUUUAGCCUUAUGUAUGAAUCAGAAAACUGCUUGAAAUCUAUGGGAUAUUGUGGAAAUCACUUGGAAAUUAAAAAAAUUUCCCCUUUUUUAUUUCCCUUUUACUUUGAAGAAACCCCCUCCCUUUUAAUUUCAACCCUCUUCCACCUCCACAAUAUAUUGGAAUGUUUUUAUAAAUUUUCUAAAUACAGCUGUUCAUUUUUAAAGAUAAUAUUUAUUAUUUCAAACAAUUGCCCUAAACACAGAUGCAAUUAA